AAUCAACACCGAGGUCAUUUUAUAACAAAAACAAAAACCUAAUGAUGAAUAGACGGACUCGCUCAGCAGCAAAACCCCCUUUCAGAGAAGAGAGUAAGCAAAGCAUUACAUAAUAUCCAAAAAAAUGGCGACAAGUCUCGUAAACAGGACAUCAGCAACUAAUCAAACCCUAUGCUUCUUCAGAUUGUCUUUCAACUUCCUUAAAAGCUUUAACACUUCUUCUUCCUCGGCUAAUCCCUCUUCCACUGCUUCGUCUUCCCAGAAACCAAAGCGGAAAAAGAAGAAGAACCUAUUCGAGGUCUCCCAGUUUUUGCCCAAUUGGGGAAUUGGUUAUCACAUGGCUAAAUCUCAUUGGAAAAACGUCUCUUAUGAGAUCACCAAGAUCAAUCUCUAUAAGGAUGGUAGGCAUGGAAAAGCGUGGGGGAUUGCUUAUAAAGACGGAAUUCCUGCUGAUGCUCCCAAGAAGAUAAGUGGAGUUCAUAAGCGUUGCUGGAGAUACAUUCCAAGCUUAUCAAAAUCAUUGGAGAUGAAGCCAACCUCACCAAAAUCAACAGAAACUGCCCAAGAGAUUGAAGCUCAGGCAGCUUGAUGCAUUUUCAUUUUUAUACUGAGGACCAGUAGCCUGACCAUAUGAACCUGGUAUCUUUUUUAGGGUUGAUAACCUGAGUUUAAGAGUUGCAUUUUUGGAUAUCUGGUGAUCCUGUAUCAACUUAUUUUAUGGAUGUCUUGAUGCUUUUUCUAUAACAUCCUUUUUAGAUGAAAAAGCAAUCGAAACGUGAAUCUGCAGUCGGCAAACUUUGAACAAUUUUCUGUUACUUCUGUAAGAUCUUCUUGAAGUGGGAUUUGAGUUGUGCUCUCUUGUAAUUCAUAAAUAAUGGAAUCUCAAUGAUCGAUCUAUGUGCACUGUUGUGUGCGUUUAUGAGCUCA